CGGAGUCUGAGGUGGGAGGUUUUACAUCAGAGACUCGAGGACAUGGGUACAAUGCAUUGAUAUCUUCCACGUUGUGCGCGAAAACCACACGAUCCCUCCCCGAUAUUACGCAGUCUAUUUAAACGCAACAUCCACACACCCAUUCCAUUUUUCACCACUUUGGUCGUCUCACCUGCACUCGUGGUGCACUCCAGGAGAGGAAUCCAGUGAUGGAUCAGGAAAAGUACCUGCCAGAGCUCGUUGCCGAGAAGGAGAGCUUGGACCCGUCGUUCGUGCACGCGAUGCGCCUUCUCGCUGAAGAGAUCGAAAAGUUUGAAGGAGACGAGUUGAGAAAAGAUGGCGAGGUGAAGAAAUACUUGGAUAUCAUCAGCAACAAAAACAUCAAACUGUCAGAGCGCGUGCUGAUCCCGGUGCAGCAGUAUCCUAAGUUUAAUUUUGUUGGGAAACUGCUGGGGCCCAGGGGCAAUUCCAUGAAAAGAUUACAAGAGGAAACGGGAGCAAAGAUGUCCAUUCUUGGCAAGGGUUCAAUGAGGGAUAAAGGCAAGGAGGAAGAGCUGAGGAAAAGUGGAGAGGCGAAAUACGCGCAUUUGUGCAACGAUCUUCAUGUUUUAAUUGAAGUUUUCGCACCACCUGGAGAAGCCUAUUCCCGCAUGAGCCAUGCCCUGGAGGAGAUUAAGAAAUUCCUUGUUCCAGACUACAAUGAUGAGAUCAGGCAGGAGCAACUUCGUGAGCUCUCCUACUUGAAUGGCUCAGAUGACCCCAGCCGAGGAAGAACCGCACGAGGACGAGGCUUACGUCUGACCUCCACAGCAUCCACCCGAGGUCGAGGUGGGGCAGCUCCAGCCCCUCCACCUGGACGAGGAGCAGCAGCACCCAGAGGAAAUGUGGGUACACGCACCUCCGUCCCCACACCCACACUAGCAAGGGGAGUGUCUGCACCCAGGGCCAGAGGAACUACAGGGACCGCUGGAUACAGAGCCCCGCACAAAUCAUAUGAUGACUAUGGAUAUGAUGAUGGUUAUGAUGGGGAAUAUGAUGACCAGAGUUAUGAGGGCUAUGAUGACAACUACAACCACCAGUCGAAAAGUGUCUCCGAAUUUUAUGAAUAUGGACAUGUUAAUAAUGAUGAAGCCUACAACAAUUAUGCAGAAGAAGACUGGAUUUCAUCGCGGCCCAACCUCAAAGCUCCAGCAUCAAGACUUACUCGAGGGGGAUACAGAGAUCACCCCUAUGGUAGAUAUUAAAGGUGCUCCAGAUCAUGUGACCUCCAUACAACGCCAACCUUAUUAACUAAAUAAUCUAAAAUGCGGUUUUUAAGUGAUAGGUCAAUCUUGUUUUUAUAUUCACACUAACCUUGGGGGGAAAAAAGCUACAUGGUCCCUUCUUUUCUUAUCUGAAACUGUUGACUUCUUUGUAUGAUACCUUUUGAGCAUUAAUUCUGGCCACAAUUUGGCAGAGUACUUUUGUCAUUCCUUUAGUUUUCCAUUGUUUGUCUCCCAAAUGUAAAGCAUGGAAUUAGCUGCACAUUAUGUUUCCCUGACUUUGGGAACCUUUCUGUUAAGACAAAAAUGUAUCGACAGAGUGGAGAGACUCAUUUUGUACAUAACAUCUUCCUAAUACUUCUUGAUUUGAUGAUGGUAAAUACUGAGUUUGUAUAUUUAAUUUUGAUAUCAGUAUUGGGUUUGAAAGCAAUUGGCUAUGUAUGUAGCCACAUCCAAGUGCUUUGCUUUGUGUGUAGCUUGUAUUUGUACAUAAAAAUUUAAUAAAAAGGAUGUAAAGCUCCUUGUGCAAGCUUCUCUAAAUAGGUGAUUGUAAUUGUUAAACUUGUGUUGAUAUAAUUUGUUAAUAAAGAUGAGAUCAUUUUUGUAAAAUUAGAUUAGGUACGUACUUGUCUCUAGUACUAAAUGCCUGUUUGACUUGAGGAA